UUGCUGCUUUUUCUAUGGAUUUUUAGUUAAUGGAUCUAUCACAAACCGGCAACCAAUUUCUGUGGGCAAUAUUGGCACUGCUACUAUAAAAGUGGAGCCCGUUCCUGUUACUUCCAUGGUUACAGGACCUACUUUUCCUCAUAUGCCAUCAGUUCCACGUGCUCCUAGUCAAGGUGUCCCAAGCUUGCAGACUUCGUCUCCGUCUUCUGCUUCUCAAGAUAUUAUGGCAAGUAAUGAAAAUACACAGGAUGUAAAGCCCAUGAUGUCAGUGUCACAGCCCUUGCGCCCAGUGGGUCCUGCUCAAGCAAAUGUCAACAUUCUUAACAAUCUUUCUCAAGCACGACAGGUGCUAAGUGGAGGAACCUCAAUGGGACUUCAGUCAAUGGGUCAAACUCCUGUGGCUAUGCACAUGUCGAACAUGAUAUCCAGCGGAAUGGCAUCUUCUGUACCUGCUGUUCAAAAUGUAUUUUCAUCAGGACAGUCAGGCAUAAAUUCAAUAACUAGUUCUGGAUCUCUCACUGGUUCCAUGCAGGUUGGAGCAAACUCAGGUCUUGGUUCAUUAACUUCAGCCACGUCAAAUUUGUCUGGAAGUUCAAAUAUUGGGAUUUCACAACCACUGGGAAAUCUGCAAGGUACUGUUAGUAUGGGUCAGCCAGGGUUAGCCAUGAGCCAAGGAAACAUUGGCGGCGCCCAAAUGGUGCAAAGUGGAGUUAACAUGAACCAAAAUGUGAUGAGUAGCCUUGGUCCAUCAGUUGUCUCUUCUGGGACUGGUACAAUGAUUCCUACUCCCGGAAUGUCUCAGCAAGUACAACAGGGAAUGCAACCACUUGGUGUGAAUAAUGCAGCAGCUAAUAUGCCUUUACAACAACAGACCUCAGGUGCUAUGCAAUCUACACAAUCAAAAUAUGUGAAGGUUUGGGAGGGAAGUUUAUCUGGGCAAAGACAAGGACAGCCUGUAUUUAUCACCAGACUAGAGGGGUAUCGGAGUUAUUCAGCUUCUGAGUCGCUUGCAUCGAACUGGCCACCAACAAUGCAAAUAGUUCGUCUUAUAUCUCAAGAUCACAUGAAUAACAAGCAAUACGUUGGAAAGGCAGAUUUCCUAGUUUUUCGGGCUAUGAACCCACAUGGAUUUCUUGCUCAGCUUCAGGAAAAGAAGCUGUGUGCAGUAAUCCAAUUACCAUCACAGACGUUGCUACUAUCUGUCUCUGAUAAAGCCUGCCGCUUGAUUGGGAUGCUUUUUCCUGGGGACAUGGUGGUAUUUAAGCCACAAUUAUCCAGUCAGCAGCAGCAACAAAUGCAACAGCAACAGCAGCAGCAGCAGCAACACCAGCAGAUGCAGCAGCAGCAGCAUCUUACACAGAUGCAACAACAGCAGCCACAGCAGGUUGCCCACAUGCAGCAACAGCAACUUCCUCAGCUGCAACAACCACAGCAGCAGCAACUUCCUCCGGUGCAGCAGCAACAACUCUCCCAGCUGCAGCAGCAGCAACUCCCGCAGCUUCAGCAGCAGCAGCAACUCCCGCAGCUGCAGCAGCAGCAGCAGCUUCCUCAGCUUCAGCAAUUGCAACAUCAGCAGCAGAUUCCUCAGCAACAGCAAUUGGUUGGUGCAGGAAUGAGUCAAGCGGCGUACGUUCAAGGUUCAGGACGGUCACAACUGGUGUCUCAGGGACAGGUAUCAUCGCAAGGUGCACCCAACAUGGGUGGAGGUGGAUUCAUGAGUUAGCUUAGUUUUGCAUUUAGUUCCCCAAUAAUCUAUUAGAGUAACGAUCUACGAGUCUUUAGCUUAAUGUUAUUUGAAGCAUUGGGCCCUUGGCAUUGAUAGUGUUAGGUUCAAUUUCAGAUUGCAAUGGUAUAGUCUUGGGAUGAUGUCUUUUGCCGAUGAACCAUGAAGAUUUAUGCAGGAAACACUACCGUUAGAAUGUUAAUAACUAAAUGGAAGUUUGCUAGCUAGAUGCUGUGGCAUGUCACCCUUCCCCAUGUUUAUAUGCGCGUAUUUGGGUGAUAAAUAUGUUUUUGAAACUAAAUCGGUAAAGAAAUUAUUCAA